AGCCGCGCUGAGGCCUGGAGCCGGCGAUGGCGGCGGCGGCGCUGAGGGGCGUGGGCCCAUGAGGCGGAGCAGGCCCCGCGCACUCAGCACAGCCAGGGAGGGGCGGCGGCGGCGGCGGCGGCCCGGCCAUGGCGGGCGUGUUCGACAUCGACCUGGACCAGCCCGAGGACGCGGGCUCGGACGAGGAGCUGGAGGAGGGGGGUCAGUUAAGUGAAAGCAUGGAUCAUGGAGGAGUUGGCCAAUAUGAACUUGGCAUGGAACAUUGUGAAAAAUUUGAGAUUUCAGAAACUAGUGUAAACAAAGGUCCGGAAAAGAUUCGACCAGAAUGCUUUGAGCUUCUACGUGUACUUGGCAAAGGAGGCUACGGAAAGGUUUUUCAAGUACGAAAAGUAACAGGAGCAAAUACCGGAAAAAUUUUUGCCAUGAAAGUUCUUAAAAAGGCAAUGAUUGUAAGGAAUGCAAAGGAUACAGCUCAUACAAAAGCAGAACGGAACAUUCUGGAGGAAGUAAAGCAUCCCUUCAUUGUAGAUUUAAUCUAUGCCUUUCAGACUGGUGGAAAACUCUACCUCAUCCUUGAGUAUCUCAGUGGAGGAGAACUAUUUAUGCAGUUAGAAAGAGAAGGGAUAUUUAUGGAGGACACAGCUUGCUUUUACUUGGCAGAAAUCUCAAUGGCUUUGGGGCACUUGCAUCAAAAAGGAAUCAUCUAUCGAGAUCUGAAGCCAGAAAAUAUCAUGCUUAAUCAUCAAGGUCACGUAAAACUGACUGACUUUGGACUAUGUAAAGAAUCUAUUCAUGAUGGAACAGUCACACACACAUUCUGUGGAACAAUAGAAUACAUGGCCCCUGAAAUCUUGAUGAGAAGUGGGCAUAAUCGUGCAGUGGACUGGUGGAGUUUGGGGGCAUUAAUGUAUGACAUGCUGACUGGAGCACCUCCAUUCACAGGGGAGAACAGAAAGAAAACCAUAGACAAGAUUCUCAAGUGUAAACUCAAUUUGCCUCCCUACCUCACGCAAGAAGCCAGAGAUCUGCUUAAAAAGCUGCUAAAAAGAAAUGCUGCCUCACGUCUAGGAGCUGGUUCUGGAGAUGCUGGAGAAGUUCAGGCUCACCCUUUCUUCAGACACAUUAACUGGGACGAGCUGCUAGCACGGAAGGUGGAACCUCCCUUCAAACCCUUAUUGCAAUCCGAAGAGGAUGUGAGCCAGUUUGAUUCAAAGUUUACACGUCAGACACCUGUUGAUAGCCCAGAUGACUCAACUCUCAGUGAAAGUGCCAACCAGGUCUUUCUGGGUUUUACGUAUGUGGCUCCAUCUGUACUUGAAAGUGUAAAAGAGAAGUUUUCUUUUGAACCAAAAAUUCGAUCACCUCGCAGAUUUAUUGGUAGCCCUAGGACGCCAGUCAGCCCGGUAAAGUUCUCCCCUGGGGAUUUCUGGGGAAGAGGUGCUUCAGCCAGUGCAUCAAACACUCAAACGCCUGUGGAGUAUCCAAUGGAGACAAGCGGAAUAGAACAAAUGGAUGUGACAGUUUGUGGGGAAGCCUCGGCACCACUUCCAAUACGACAACCAAACUCCGGGCCAUAUAAAAAACAAGCCUUUCCCAUGAUUUCCAAACGACCAGAGCACUUGCGCAUGAAUCUAUGACAACACAAGUUGUUUGCUUUUCUUUUUUUCUUUCUCUUUUUUUUUUUUUUUUUUUUUUUUUUUUUUUUUUUUAAACCUGUAAAGGUGGAAAAACAGAGUGGACAUAAGCCCCCCUGCAGGUUGAAAUGUGAGGGCUCGAACAGAUUACUUUUUAAAAGUGACAGUAUCAAAGAGUCAGUCAUUGCACAGAACGACUUGGAAAGCAAAGAAAAAAAAAUGUGGACUUUUUUUCCUAUCAAUCAAUGGUGCAUAAAAAAAAAAAAAAAAAACUUCAGCAAGAUGGUAUUGCAAAACUUUAGGCACGUCAGCUAACUGAUUCCCAGUGACAUCUUCUCACCUUACCAAGGAUUUUUCAGGUCGAUAGCUUGAAUCUGACAGUAUUAAGGAUAGGAUGUUGCUCCAGAAUCACUGGUCUAGUCAUGAUUGUGUCGAGAAGGGUUAGCCCUUUCACUAGGCAAAAUAUGAAAUGCCUAUAAUACUUGCGUCUGAGGAUUAAUUAGCAUGCAAGCUUGGUCGAACUGUUUCUUCCAAUAAUCAAAGAUGAAAGAGAAACUUAACAGUUGGUGUUUCACAUGCAAACAACCCAAUGGAUUUUUUUAUAUAAAUAUAUAUUUUUCAAAUAGAUUUUUGAUUCAGUUCAUUAUGGAAAGUAUCCCAAAAUUUGAAAUGCAAAAUGAUUGGUUGGUGGGAAGAAAGGCAGAUAUACGGUUCUAUUUCUUCUCUUGGUGGAAAAUUUAAAUGGGAAAAUGAAGCACUGUUAAUUAGGUAUAUGGCUGUGUGGGGAAGGAGGGGGAAAGAGGAAGGAGAGAAUCAUCUUUCUUGCUUACCAGAUGAAAUAUCUAUCAUCUGAAUCGCAAUGCAAAAUGGAUCUAAUGAAAUGGCAGUGCUGCUACGUUGUAGGCUUAACUGGAAGCUACGUGCUACGCAAGUGCGUUGUCCUGCAUAUUUCAUCCUUUUUCCUCAGCAGACAUUUCACUGGGAAAACAUUGCCUUUCAUUUUUAUGCUAGUCAGUUGGAUUGAGACAGGUGAACAUAUUCAGAUUCUUACCCACCUUAACAGGUAGGGAUAAAAUUUGUCAGAAGACAGGGGUUGGUAGUAGAGGAUAUAUUGCUGUAACACACAUCAACAAGUCAAAAGUGACUAAACCCUGUACAAUGGGUAAGAAUUUGAAGUAGUUUGGGGUGUGUAUGGGGUUCAGCUCAAUUAUGCAUUUCCAGAAUAAUGAUUUCCUGUGCUGGGGUGACAAAUUUGCUGAUUGUAUGAAAAAAGAAGUAUUAGAUGGCCUUUCAGUGAAUGUCUUCCAGAGUGGGUCAGAACUUUAGCGACUUGAGUUAGGAAUCCUGUUCGAAAGACACUAUUUAUGUUUUUGAAAUUGUCAUUAAAUCUGUACAAAUGACUUACAGGUACAAAGAAUAAAAUAAAGGUAACUUUACCUUCCUUAUAUACUUCCUGCCUUAAAGAAAGCAUUUCCAUGAACAUAGCUGGUGAAAGGGUUAAUAUCUGCAGAGCUUUACACUAGUUAGCGUGAGUGUAUGGUGCGUGUGUGAGUAAGUGAUCAUGCAGUUGCAUACAAAUCCUGUCGGUUUUGGCUUGCCACAUGUUGCAUUAUCUUCAGUCUGACUGUGCAAAGUCUACUUCUGGUGUGUCACAACAGUAGGGAUUUUUUAUAUUCUGCUUACUCUGUGUAUACUGAAUCUUUUUGAGCCAUAGGAUCCAAGCCAUAAAACUCUGAGCAUGCUGAAUCCAGUCAGAGGAGAGGCGCCGCCUUCUAAACAUGGAAGUCAGUAGGGUUAAGUGAAAUCUUGUUGAUAUUUAAAAAUAAUUAAAAAAAAAAACAAUGCUGUUUCUUUUUCAUUUUCUUAUGAUUAGCAAAAAUACUGUUAGUGUUCUUUCUUUCCUCCCUCCUGCUUCUAGCUUUUGGUUGUGGUCUUUGUUUCACUUGCAGUUUUAUAAGGAAAGUUGAAUUAGGUCACUUUAUAUCUCCAUGAAUUGGCUAGCACAGAAACUGGACAGGAAAAGUGCCGUUUUUCAUCCUUUUUACAAGGCCAUUGGUGACAUCAAAAACUGCAGUCAUUACUCUCAUUCUCUAUACACGUGAUGCACGGAGGCAUUGCUUCAAGCAGUGUCUCCUUUGUGCCACUGAAGUGGGUUUGGAAACCCGUAUACUGAGGAUAGAGUAUGAGGUUAUAAAACAGACCAAAUCCUAAUUUUUUUUUUGAAAGGCAGAACAAUCUUGGUCCUAAAUUCAGGCAACAGUUGCGCUUUUUAGUUGGCUGGAUAUUAUCAUCCUGUAGAGUUGAUUAGUAUGGCUGGCAAGAAUGGCAAAAGUUGUUUGUCUGAGUUCACUGCUUAAUUAUAUCUCCAAUCUGUCGUCUUUUUUUUUUUUUACAGAGUGAAUUUCAUGUAUUUGUUAAAAUUGCAUCCCAUAGCUAUAAGUUUAAUACCCUAUGAUAACUGUGAAACUUUUGGGUGUGACUCAGACAGCAAGCACACACUAUGCAAUAUGGUUUAUCUUGUAUUUAUUUGUAAAAAUAUCAAAAUUAAAUCCUAUAUAAAUAUAUAUAUAAAUAUAAAUAUAUAUAAAAUAGUGUCAAUAUUGCUAGUCAUGAAAUUCUAAGGGGAGUGGAGUUCUAGCUCCUGUAUGGCUACUUCAGAUAAAUGCUAGUAGUAUACAGAAUGCAACGGAGAGCUUAACAAGUGCUUUCUUUUGUUCAUUUAAAAAAUUGUCUUAAAUUUUUUCAUUAGAGGAUAGAAUCUUAUUUUUUUUAUUUUGUACAAGCUGUGCUUUUUUAAUUAUAAUCACUGAGAAAUUCACUAUAAUUUGAUUUUAUAGGAUUUUUGUAGCAUUACGAAAAUAUAGUAAAACUGAGAGGUUAAUACCUGCUGUGGCUAACCAUGUAAAAGUAUUAAACUUGAACCAGAUCCAUUUUUAUUAAACUAGAUGUUAAAUUAGGGGGAUAUUUUAUUCUGCAGUUCAUUUUCACAAGAGGUUUAUAGGUUGGCUGCGUGCAUGUGCACGUGUGUGUGCGCGUGUGUUUCCUUUCCCUAUUUGACGUGGAACUUUCCCCGCCCCCCCCAUCAGAUGUUCAGAAUUUCAAUCUUUUCUCUGUAGGAGUGAUACAUACAUUUGAUUCCAUUCAUGUACUAAACUGUAAUUUUGGGAAUGCUGGAAUAAUUCCUACCGAGACUGUCUUAAUUGUGCCAUCUGACAUUUGAAUGUCAUCCUGGUAUUAGCUCAUAAUAAAAGAUAAAAAUAAAUGAAUCACUUGUUCUCUUGAAUAUCCCAUGUCUUAAAACGUGUGUUCCAACAAAAUCUGUAUUUGUGGAGAACGGCUAUUUAAUGUUUGCAUCCACUCUGAUUCUACACUAGAUGUUUACUCGGGUUUAUUCUCUUAAGAGAGAAGUCCUAUUACUAUUAUUGAAGAGAGAUAGGCACCUCAGCAAGAAGAUACCUAUUAUUUUUUUUUAAUCAAAAGGCACAAGCACUCGUUGCCUCAUUUCUACAGCAAUACUCCAAAAUAAUCUGCAUUGACGAAGUAGGAUAGCAUGCGUUCCAUUUUCUGAGUAUGUAGGGAGAAAUUGCUACACUUGACCUACUGGGGCAAUUCUGUGUUGAUCAAGAGUUGAUCCUUAUUAGAACCAAAACAAGAUGUCUCCAGGAAAAGACAUUUUGUGCCAUUAAUAGUAGACCCUUGGGGACCUAGCGCAUAUGGGUUCUUGUGUACCUGUACUACUUCUGCAGUGUUCUCUUCUGCCUGGUGGGGUUUUUUAUCUGCCAGUAAGAAACAAACUCUUCAGUUGCCUUACUCCUAAUACAAGGUAGCCUCUGCAUCUUUCAUGUUGUUUACUGAAAUGAAAUGUACUUGAUUGCAGAAUGAAUGGAUGUGAAUAUAACAAUUAAAUGCAAAUCUGAACGUGUGCUAGUUCACAAUUAUGUCUUUUUUUUUUUUUUCUUUGUAUUCCCUUCUACAAGGUAGACAAUAAGCGUGAUGGGGGAUUUAGAACUUUCUUCCUUUAUUAAAGACAGAGGAGGGGGGAAAAUACAUGUUUAAGGAGUUUAAGUAAGUGGCCUGACCAAAGGUAGAUGCGAUGGAUUUAGUCAUCUUUUUAAUUUUUUAUUUUUUUGGAAGGAUGGUAAUGGUACCUCAGCAAGGUAUUUAAGCCUUUUAAAAGGUGGCUGUUAAUUGCCAUUAGUCAUCCUCUCCUCAGUACGCGGUUUGCUGCAGGGUCAGAUGUGUGAAGUUGAAGACCUGGAUGUUGGAUAAGGGAACAAGAUAUGCAUCUCUCUAAGCAGCAGGGUGUUGAGAGGUGGAGCCAGAGGGGUUGGAGAGGAUGGGACUCCAGGGAUGUGAAUUGUUCCACUUUUUUUUUUUUGGCUGUAACUAACCUCAGAAUGACUUAUCUAGAGGAAAUGAAUCUAGAUGUACGCUUCUAAAUGAACGUAGGUGUGUAAUAUCUUUUUAGUUUGGUUUUUUUCUGUUGAUUAAUAAACUUUGAUUUUGGUAAAA